AUCGCUUGGAGCUCCGCUUCGCUUUCUUUUCUGCUUCCCAACUCUAGGACCUUCUGCGGCCGCGCUCAGACCCCCCGCUUUUGUCACCAUGAUGCCCAUCAAGCCGUUGUUCCUGCUGUUGCUUGGCCUAAUAGGAGCCCAAGCUAACUUAGACCUUCGCACAGCCGCCGCCAUGGCGGCAGGUUUGUGCAAAGCCCGUCCCACCGACCUCGUGUUCAUCAUCGACAGCAGUCGCAGUGUUCGCCCCUCAGAGUUUGAGCAAGUUAAAGUCUUCCUGGCAAAAGUCAUCGAGGGGCUGAAUGUUGGACCCAGCGCCACUCGUGUGGGAGUUGUCAACUAUGCCAGCCGCGUUAAGAAUGAGGUGUCUCUGAAGACCCACCGCACCAAAGCCGGGCUGAUCAAGGCUGUGACCAAAAUUGAGCCGCUGUCCACCGGAACCAUGACUGGCCUGGCCAUCCAGUUUGCAAUGAAUGUUGCCUUCAGUGAGGCUGAGGGCGCUCGUGCAAAAUCUUCUGACGUCGGCAAGGUUGCCAUUAUUGUGACAGACGGGCGUCCCCAGGACAAUGUCAAGGAUAUAGCUCAACGUGCACGAGAUGCCGGCAUUGAGAUUUUUGCCAUCGGUGUGGGACGCGUGGACAUGAACACUCUGAGGCAGAUGGCCAGCGAUCCUCUGGAUGACCAUGUGGACUAUGUGGAGAGCUACAGCGUUAUCGAGAAGCUCACCAAGAAGUUCCAGGAGGCCUUUUGUGAAGACCUAGUGUCUGACCUGUGUGCCACUGGGGAUCAUGACUGUGAGCAGGUAUGCAUCAGCACCCCAGGAUCAUACAAGUGUGCCUGCAGAGAAGGUUUUACCCUCAUGGACAAUGGUCGUAGCUGCAGUGCUUGUAGCAACUCCGCAACAGACGUUGUGUUUCUGAUCGAUGGCUCUAAGAGCGUGCGUCCUGAGAACUUUGAGCUGGUCAAGAAAUGGAUCAACCAGAUCAUCGACAAACUGGACGUCAGUGAAAGCAAGGCUCAUGUCGGACUGGUGCAGUACUCCAGCACAGUCAAACCGGAGUUUCCCUUGGGCCGCUACAACAACAAGAAGGACCUCAAAGAAGCUGUGAAAAAGAUGGCCUACCUGGAGAGGGGAACCAUGACAGGCCAGGCUCUCCGUUAUCUGGUAGAAAACAGCUUCAGCCUUGGUCAGGGUGCCCGCCCUGGAGUCACAAAGGUGGGCAUCGUCUUCACCGAUGGGCGCAGUCAGGACUACAUCGGAGAGGCUGCCAAGAAGGCCAAGGAAAACGGCUUUAAGAUGUAUGCUGUCGGAGUGGGCAAUGCAGUUGAGGACGAGCUGAAAGAGAUUGCCUCUGAGCCAACCGGAGAGCACUACUUCUACACCGCCGAUUUCAAGGCCAUGAGCCAGAUUGCCAAGAAGCUACAGAUUAACGUCUGUGAUGAGGACCCUUGUGAGUGCGACUCCCUUGUAAAGUUCCAAAAGAAAGUUGAAGCUGCCUUACAGGCACUAACAAAAAAACUAGAGAGCAUGUCGAAGAGGAUCGCCUUGCUGGAGAACAAAAUCGUCUAAGGACUCGUAUCCCAUUACUCACCUGCACCCAUGUACAAAUACAAACACACACACACACAAAAUUUACUUCCUGUAAAAUAUUGAAGACACACCCCUCUCCAUAUAGAUGUGCGUGUGUGUGUGAUAAUCCAGACCUUGGCUCUCUCCUACCCCUCCAAACCACCUCUUGUUUUUCUACACUUCUGCUCUCGUCUCUUCUACCCUUGGGACACACACCCUUGGUUACCACAUGAACAUGCCUCUGCGUGUGUGUUUGUGUGUCUGUUUGUGUGUGUAUGUGCCCUGAAGGUCAUCCUCCAAAGCCAGCCUGUGUGUUUGCUAAUAAAAGUCUUCCCUCAUAGGGAAACGGUGAUGGAACGCUGAAGGGUUUUUCUUUGUUGCUGCCACAGUGUUGAAGUUCCUGAAACCCCAGAGAGUGUGUGUCUUGUCAUGUCAAACGAAGCAGCACAUCACCUUCACUUGUUUGUCUGUUUAUAUGUCACUGUCAUAUUUCCCUAUUCCUUCAUCUUCUUCAUUUUUUUCUCCUAUCAUCCUCACAAAAGUUAUCUUGCAUUG